AAUUUCAAAUAUUUCUAUAUCGUUUUGUUUGAAGUUGUUAUCUUACAUAAUAUUUGUGAAUUUAAAAGCUUUAUAAAGUGUGAGGCUACAUAUAUAAUGCUUUAAUUUUAUCUUAGUGCUGAUUAAAUCGUUUCACGGAAAGAGGAAUUAAAUUACAUAGCUUUAGGUUAUUUCAUCUUUUCAAAUAACGAAACAAAGGAAAGAAAAUCGAACGUAGUUUCGCAUUGAUAUCAGUUAUAAGAUUAUUUGCUGUUGUUGUUUUAAAUGUUGAAAAAGGACGUAGAAAUGAAUCAUAUUGACGAAAAAUUGACAGUUCCCAUGAAAAGUGACCAUAGACCUGAUGAAAACGGAUUGGCUUCGAAAAGUGACUCACUAUUGGGAAGAGAGGCGCCACAUAGGUCUAGGUCAGCAGAGAGAAUGAAGACUAACAGGAAGAACGACAAGAACAACCAGAUCUACAAGUCUGCUAUCAUUCUUUUUGGGGUCUUGAAUAUUCUACUAUUGGUACUGAACGCUCUAGCAGGGUACUACCUGGCAAGCGAGAAGCCCCCGCCCCAACCAACAUCCCGGCUCUGUGUCCAAUGUCAGGAUAUCAAAGGGCACCCAGACGACGUUAAGACAUGGAAACACAUUGUACAAGAGAACGAUACGUGUUGCCUUGACGCCCCCAAACAUCUCAACUAUCUGGUGGAAUAUUACACAGAACGAUGGAUGAAAACACGCCUUACGAACAGCAAUAAAACAUUUCAAUACUGUAAGGACAGAAACGGUGAUGAAUUCCGAGCGAGACCUUCCAUUAAAGUCAUGGGCUUCAGUGAACCACAGAUACAUUCUGAGCACCACCGCAUGCAAUGGGACCAGAACAAUGUACUUGCCCUUGUUCCCGAUCCUAAGAAGAUACAGUAUUUGGAAGAUGACGCGCAAAUUGCGAUAAAGCAGGCUGGCGUAUACCACGUGUACAGUCAGGUUCAUUUUGACCAUAAACAGAACAACAGCAGUCACCAGCCUGUGGUCUUCUCGCACAUGAUUUACAUGAAGAAAGCAGGGACUUCCACAGGUCACGGAACCAUCGUGAUGCGGAGCCGGGAGACAGAGUGUGAGAGCGAGGAUCCGCGGGUGGUGGGGUCAAGCUAUUUGGCUAGUUCCCUGCAGCUUGAAGAUGGAGACAGACUCUACGUAAAAGUCUACACAAAGGAUGAUGUCCUGGCCCAGCCACAUAUGAACUUCUUUGGGGCUCACAUGCUGUAAUAAUAAAACAGAUACCAUUCAUCGAACGCGUCCAAACUAUUUCUGUCCUGAGCAUAACUCCAAUAGACUUUGAGCUAUUUACUAUGAUGUCAUGGCCGAGCCACAUAUUAACUUCUUUGGGGCUCACAUGCUGUUAUAAAAACCUCCAGAUGCCAUUCAUCGCAGGUCUCGCUCUAUUUCGGUCCAGGGAAUACCAUCCCAACUAUUGAGGUAAAGGGGUUAAACCAUAAACUUCAAUAUUUGAUUGUAAAAAAACAGUAUUAGUAUAUGAAGGAGACGAAGAAGAGGUCAUAUUUAGAAAUGAUAUCAUACACAUUAUUUGUUUAAAACAUGUCAAUAAAUUGACCCAUGAUUUUCAAUACAUACAAAGCUUGCAAAUAAAACAAUAAUAUGGAUGGACAUGAUAUUGCAUAUAUUGAUAUCUCCAAAUAGGUAAUUUGUAGUACAUAAAUGUGUGGCUCAAAUCUUGUCAAGAUUUAAAAGUCACCGUGUAGCAGUUUUUAUAUAGAGAGAAAAAUACAUAAUUUUUAUAGAUCUAUAUAUCGCCGAAAUAAUUACCUUUUCAUAUUAUAGCUUAAUAUUCUUGUUAUUGUUUUACACACUCUCACAAUAUUUAUAUCAAACUUUUGAUUGAUUUACUAAUAGAACUUAUGUUAUAAUUGUCACAUGCCAUGUACUAUUUCUAUACAUAUUGUUGAGACAGUAAGCUUUUUAUGCUUUAGUCGAAUACAAUUUCUGUUCUGUUCUGUAUAUCAUUUGUAAUUAUACUUGUUUUCACAAUCAAACAGUCUAAUAACUAUUCAAUCUUCAAACGCGUGAUAGCUAGUGUACUUUUCACUAAAUUGUGAUAUAGGCUUUCAAUUUUAUUAGACAUGCCUUUAUAACAUAUUAAUCUUAAGACAUUGAGUAAUUGAAAUAGAAACUUUACCAGCAACUUCCUAUUCAAACAUGAAGAAACAUAGCCUAUUAAUAUAUUCUCGGUGCCGACUAGGAGGGAUGUACCUUUCCAUUCAAUCAAGACAUUUUCCAUCAUAUACUUGUCGACAUUGAAAUAAUGCUUUACACAUUUGAAAUAACCUUUUCAUACCAUGAAACCAUUCUUAUAUUGUUUGGAGUUUAUAAUGCUUCUUAAAUAAUCAUGCAUAGACCAGAAUGGUAAAUAAAUCACUCAUAUUACGUAUAUAAGUUUGUAUUGUUCUUGAUGCUUUCUAAUUUUACUUUUGUUUUUGUAUAAGCUUUUCAUGUCUUCUAUAACAUAUUUUUCUAUUGAAUUUUUUCUGAUUGAAUUUUGUAUUGCAUCAUUUGAUAAUGAAUUAUACUCUUUAAAAAAGGAGGAAUAGUAUGUAUACCUAAGACGUAUUUCGGCGACAGUAUUAUUUGUUCCCAGUUUUAGUACAAUAAUGCUUUUUAUCAUGAAUCUCUAUGAUUACACAGUUUUAAACCUUUUAAUUUAUAAGCAGACUGUGUGGGAUGCUCAUAGUUUCAAACAAUGACUGCAUCGUAUCUUUGAAAAGUUUUUGCGUUAGGUGCUCUGAAUUGUAUUCGUCCGUCUUAAGAUAGAGUUGGGAUCUCUAAUCAUAGAAGUACUUCGGGUUUACCUAUACGUUUAUUAUUAUCUUUUUUAUUGUUAAGUUUCCUCAAGUUAAUGCAUGCUUUGAUAAGAUUUACCUUUUUCGUUUUUGCUUUAUUCAGAACUGUUGGGAUAAGAGUGAGGUUUGUGCACUUAAACUGGUUUAAACCCCCAGUAAAUUUACAUUUUACUGACCGUUCCAAGGCGUUACCUAACUAUCCUUGAUAAACAUACCUAGUUUUUUUUAUAUAUAGUAUGUAUGCAAUGUGCUGUUUGUGGAGUUUUGUGCUGUUCUUCCAUGUUUCUUGUUUGUGAUUUUUUGAUGUUAUGUUCUAUGUCUUUGGCGUUUACCCGAUGCCAUUAAACCGGGUUUAUGUUUAAACUUUUUGCUACUGAGCUUGUUUCUGUAGUUUUUUCGCACAAAUAUUCUUAAAAUUAAUUCAAUUUGAAAUUUUAAAUACUUCACAAUAUUACUAGUACAUGUUUAUUCUCAUAGUAUCUUAUAAUAGCGAAACAAUGUAGUUUAGGUUAUGACAGCUGUGUUUCAUACUUAGUGUAUUGGUAUAAAGUAACUGCUCAUACAAAAUCGAACUCGGGCAUAGUUAACUGUUAAAAAUUCACGAACCAAAUGUUUUGCAAUCUUUAAAAGAAAAAUUACCCCCCCCCCCUCCAAUGUUCCACAAUCCAUCAAAUCUGCAAUGAAUCUGUGCUUGAUAGUAUGCUAAAGGUUAACCUGAUGAUACUCUAGGUAGAAGGAUCUCGAAGGGCUUUUUUUUAAACAAACUUUGUUGCAAGUUUGUUUUAGCUGUCAAUUUUUCUCUUUCCUAAGUUUAUUGGUUUCAUGACAUGGUUUGAACGUAUGCUCUAAUACAGAUGGACCAGACUAUUCAAAUGUCAUGUUUUUGUGUGUUUUUUUCACUUUCGAUUGUUAAACAAAGAAUUAAAGAUUAGCCUAUGCAGAACUGGAAAUAACUAUACAGACAUGUAGAAGUUGCUUGAUUAUGAAAUAUUUGAAAAUGAGUUUAAUUCUGAGAAAUGAUAUUUUGUUUGACGACAAAAAGAGAUUGGAUUGUCACUUUUUACAGCUAUAUCAAAACAUUUGUCAUUUGUGUAGUUUAUUUUGAAAUAGUUUCAUACACUUUGUUUUUUGUCUAGGUAUGUUUUUCAAUAGUGUCAUACAAUUUGUUCUAUCAUGUAACUAAUUAUACUAUCUUAAAUUUGGUAGGACGCUUUACACCUCAUCCUUAUGUAUUUUUACAUCAAUAAAUUUGAUGAAAAUGAAAAAAAAAAUACUUAGUCAAUCUUUGAUUGACUGGAAAAUACACUUCCAGUUACGUACAACUCAUUUCCUUUUAAAAUGCAAUUAAAGUGUUGAUGGUACCGACAUACGACUGAGUCAAGCCUUAAUGCUGACGAUGGGCGCAGAUGUUUAAUCAACAAAACAAUUUCCACAAUUUUCCCGUAUCACUUGCAUAGGCUCUCUCAAAUAAUAUUCAUCCUGAGUUUUCAUUACCAAAAUGAAUAAGCAAACAAAAUUUGGAAUGUAGGAAGAGUUUAUGAAGGACUUUCACGGGAUCGCAUUUUCGGCUCCUAUGGUCAAUGUCAAUGUCACUUUAACUUAAAACAUAAUCCAGUUUAAAUUGAAUCUCACAACGAAGGCUAAAGUUCUUCAGUUAAUUAUUCAAAACCUGUUUUCGACGCAUUUUGGCGUUUCUUGUUACUUUUUAAACAGCUCUUUUUAAAAGCCACUCCACAUUCAAAAGCAAAACAUUGUAAAAUUAGAAAAUGCAAUUUCGUUUGUUUUACAUAAUUCGAUUAUUUUCUUUACUAAAAUAAAAAAACAAACACAACAACAACAGCAUCCAACAAGAUUUUACAAUAAAUCAUGCAAGAACGCUAUUCAUUGUACAUAGUGACCCUCAUGUUGUUUCAUAAUUUCCACUGAAUAUUCCUUAAUUGAUGAAUUUUUAUAUUCAAAUGUUAGGAAUGGUUUUAAAUGUCAUCAUUCUACGGUUGAAAUGGAUAAUUUGUAAAAUGUAAAAUAUUCUGGUAUUUAAAGGUUGCACCAGGUUGGACUUUAAAGGAAAGGGACCAUUAGGUUAAUGUACUAUAUAUUGCUAUUUUUACGCGUAAUUGCACCUAUUUCUAGUGUUUUACGAUCACCAAAACCAUAUAUACAUGUAGGAUUAAAAGUUCCUCCUCUUGAUUACAUUGCGCAAGGUUAAAAAAACUAGUUACGUUUCUUAAAAAAAUAAAAUAUAACUGGUUGAAUAUGCUGGUAUAUUUUAUCAAAGAAACAAAAACAAAAUUCACAUUUAUAACUUAGUAAAACCUAUUGAGAAGGAUUUAGAUACAAUGGGGUGAACCAUCUAUUUUCCCCAAUGUAUGUACAUGUCAUAUGUGUAAUCCUGUGUCUCAGGAAAAUUGGUAUAGUGCCUUUUUUGUUUUAAAUAAUUUCAAUUUGCCAAUUCCGCUGCUUGAUGCAAGUAUUUAAAGAAUGGAUGCAUGUAAGGAAGACUCUCUAAAGAAAGGUGAUGCCUCCUUAGAAUGCAAUGGACUCAAACGAUGUGUGCUAAAAUGGAAAAAAGCCUGCACCCCAAAAGGUGGAUAGGUGAGAGCUAUUUCUUUUCUCAUUGUCUUUAUUGUUAUGUUCUAUUACCUUCUAACUUUAAGAUAAGAGGUUUUUUUAAGUUGAAUACUUAAAUGGUUUAACUUGCAUAAGCUUUGUCAAAACACGUGGUUAACCUUAUCAUCAUGAUAGCAUUUACAGUCUUCUCGGUUUGCAAUUCGAAUUAAAUUUACGAGGGCAAUUAUAAAAACUACGUUGACUUAUUACAUAAAACAUUCAGUUUAAUAGUUAUAUCUAUGUAUCUAGCAAUCACAGAUUCUCUUCAUUUUUGACUUUUUAUUUAUGUACAUUAUUUUGCUUGAUGUCGAAAUAAUUUUAAAUACUUGUGGUACAGCAAAACAGCGCAACCCAAUGACAUCAAGUUACGUUGUUUUAAAAAUUGCAUUUUUAGCUUUAUUCCUGUUUAGAAUUGAUAUAGUUUUGUCGUUACUUUUUAACAAUCUUUAUACCACAAUUUAAAGCUGUACUCUCACAGAUAUACCAUUUACAACUUAUUAUUUUUUGCCUUUGAAAAAGCAAUUUUUUGCGUAAAUAUCUGCAAACCAAUACUAAAAGAUUGCUGACAAAAGAUCAGAUAGCAGAUUUUCAAAGUUAUGUUUUACGGCUUAAACCGUUACUAACGGUUUAAGAAAAUUGCAUAAAACAUCAAUUUUUGAACUUAAGUAUAAAAAUCUGCGAUCUACUGUUUUGUCAGCAGUCUUAUAUCACUGGUUUACAUGCAUUUUCGCAUAAAUUGGCUUGUUCCAAGACAAAAAAAAAAUGUCGAAACGUUCAACAUGUGAGAGUGCAGCUUUAAGAGAUGUUUAAGGCAAAGAUCCAUUGCAAGGCCGGCUUUCUUUUUUAUAUAGAUCCGAUUAUUAUAAACUGUGUGUGUUUGUGCCAAUAAACUGUGUGUGUUUGCAUUUUA